ACAUCCUCCUCUUGUCAAGAUAAAGAAGCACAGUUCUCCAUCAAAGAAGCGAGGCUGUCACACAGAGUAAGGCUCGAGAAGCAGUGAAAUAAUCACCAGUCAGAUGUUAAGAUAAACUCCAUCAAAUUCCCAGCUCCACGGAUCAUCUAUGAAUAGUCUCUCGAUACACUGGAUUGCACUUGCUGUGCAUUUGCUGUGUGCAUAGCUCUCCUAGUGACUGCCAUACCGUCUGCAUACACGUUGGACAAUGGAGACUCCUCGUUAGAAGCAGCUGAAGAUCUGCCGAGUGUCUUCCUUGCUAUUCUGGCUAGAAAUUCAGCUCACAUGCUACCCAACUUUCUCGGUUAUCUGGAGAACUUGGACUAUCCUAAAGACAGGAUUUCAUUGUGGAUCAGAACAGACCAUAACGGUGACAACACCACGGCAAUACUUGCUGAGUGGGCAGAAAACGUUAAGCUCGUGUACAAAUCGGUGGACUUGAAGUCAUCAGACGAGUGGCUGUAUCCGAACCUUGACCCCUUCGAGGAGCAUGACGAGAGGUUUGUCCAUGUUGCCCAGUUGAGACAGGAAGGUCUGGAGGCGGCUAGGCGUUCAGGGGUAGACUACCUCUUUCGGCUAGACUGUGACAACUUUCUGGUGAACAACAGGACACUACGGAUUCUGAUGGAUCAGCAAAGAUCUGCCUAUGCACAUUCUGAACACCGAGGUGUUUGGGUUCAGAGGACUAUGAGAGCCUGGACUAUGAGAGCCUGGACCACCCUGCCUGCACUUUAAGCUGGACAACCUUGGCUAAUGAAUGAGACUGCUGUAACCAGAGAUCAGAUGGAUGGUGUCACUUCACUGGGAAAGCAGAAUGCUGUGUCAUGUGAUCAUCAUGCUGUCAUCUCUUAUCUACUGCAAGUGGCCAAAGCAAGAACAGACAUUGCAGAUUGUGAUGGCAACCUACCUCAAGAUGUGACUGAGAAUCAACAACAAUCUAGGUAUUCAGUAACCACGGUGUAUUUCAGAGGCUUAAUGAUCUUUACCGCAUGAUGAGUCUUGGACCAUGGCGAAUGGAGAAUCUAAAGACCUACUGUAUAGGCAACACAGUUCAUGAUUGUUUCGUUCUCCUACUUUCUUUGUGAUUGCCGGAGGAGUGACUGACAGUGACUGUGUGUACUCUGCCCUGUCCCUCUACCAUUCCCACGGCCUCGCACACGGUGGAGGGCCUAUGAUCUACACAGGAUCCACUCUCGUCAUUAGGAAAAAGUUCUCUGCCAAACACUUUUGGACCGAUAGUGCAAAAUACAACUGCACUAUGGUGUGCACGAUUGGGGAGUUGAAUCGCUAUGUGUUGGUCCAACCCCCUGGCUGUAUCCGAACCUUAACCCCUUCGAGGAGCAUGACGAGAGGUUCGUCCAUGUUGCCCAGCUGAGACAGGAAGGUCUGGAGGCGGCCAGGCGUUCAGGGGCAGACUACCUCUUUCGGCUAGACUGUGACAACUUUCUGGUGAACAACAGGACACUACGGAUUCUGAUGGAUCAGCAAAGAUCUGCCUAUGCACAUUCUGAACACCGAGGUGUUGGGGUUCAUGGUCAAACCAGAGGACUAUGAGAGCCUGGACUAUGAGAGCCUGGACCACGAGAGCCUGGACCACGCUGCUCAGGACUCCUCAACUUUAAGUUGGAG